AUGAACAUAAAAAAAUAUAUUCCAGCAAACAUAGCAUUAUUCAUAUAUGGGUUCGAGAACAGCUGGAUAUCUCCCAUGAGUAAAAUCCUGCAGUCGGACCAGUCCCCAGCUGGCGAACCACUCUCCGACUACGCUAUAUCCUGGAUUGCCAGCGUCAUGUGCUUCGCAGCUGUGUUUGGGACAUCUGCAUAUGCGUAUAUGGCAGACAGGUUUGGGCGGAAGAUUGCUGUUAUGGCCCUGCUGUAUCCUCAAGCGAUUUCAUGGGCUUUAAAACUUUAUCCAACGAUUAUAACAUUAACAUUAUCGCGAAUAUUCGGUGGGUUGGCUGCAGGGGGCUGUUUUAAUAUUGUGCCAAUGUAUGUGAAGGAAAUCAGUCAAGAUAGCAUUAGAGGGACCUUGGGCUCUUUAUUGAUUUUAUCUCAGAAUUUGGGUGUCCUUUUUAUGUAUAUAAUCGGAGCCUAUUUAGACUACUACACGGUGCAGUGGUCUAUAAUCGGUAUUCCAAUUGUUACCGCCAUUCUUAUGCUGAAAGCGCCAGAAGCACCUGCGUACUUGGUCAAAGUUGGGAAAAUGGACGAAGCACACGCAACAGUAGCUUUUCUCAGGGGCCUGGAUGCUGAUGACAAAAGAGUGUUGGAAGAGGUAGAUCGGAUGAAGAAAGAAGAGGACACCUUUCAGAGUUUACCAAAGGUGGAAUUGAAGUCACUCUUCACCGACGAGAGAUGGCGUCGCAGUGUAAUAAUAUUCCUCAUAGCUGGUACAAUACAUGGUUGGAGUGGGGCAUAUGCCAUAAUGGUGUAUGCUCUAACUCUGCUGACGUACGCUAGUUCAGACUUCGUUAUAAGCCCUGAGGUCCAGUCAUUUAGCUUUCCCAUAGUGAUGAUCUGUGCUUGCUUGCUCCUUGCUGUCUUUAUUGAAAGAGUGGGAAGGAAGCGGCUGUUAGUAGCGGCAUAUGCAGCAUCAGGCAUAUCUUUCGGCAUAUUAGCCACGUCACUAUUGACUCGUGAUAGUGGACUCGUGCCUGGCUGGCUCCCUCUGGUGGCUAUGAUAGUCAAUGUGUUUGCUUACGCGGGGGGCGUGUCUUCGCUUACAUAUAUUAUAUUGACUGAGGUGUUUAAUUUUCAGAUUCGAGCCAAGGUAAUGGGAACGAUAGUGACAUACAUAUGGUUCUUAGAAUCUUUACAGCUUUUAAUCUACGCGCCGAUAUCCAAAAUCUUCGGCUAUUCCACAUUGUUUUAUAUGUUCACGAUUAUUAAUUUUAUUGGUAUGACAUUUGUAUUGAUAUACGUACCGGAAACCAAGGGGAGGAGUGAGGAAGAAGUGCAGAGGAUUAUAAGGGGAGGUCGUAAGAAUGAAUUAUAGUUGAUAUUUA